AUAUGUUAUUGGGUCACGGCACUGAGGGGCGUGGGGUGGCGAAUUUCUAUCUUUUAUCUCCCUUCUUGUUUGUGGGCUUUUCUUUUGGUAUGGGGGGGUGCAUUUUUAGCUCUGGAAUCCACCUCUGUCUUCUUUCUGUGUGUGUAUGUCGACCCCUUUUUAUCCCAUAUCUAUUUCUGGCUUCCUCCGGGUUCUGGGAAUACCAAACUCAGGGUGGGGUGAAAGUAAGGAUAGGGUGGGGGCAGUGAAUCCCUGCAGAAUCGGCUCAGAACAGGCAGGAACAGAGAAGCUGGGGGGACGCGGGUGGGGGCCUCUGCCUGCCCCGCCCCCGCGCUUCCCACUCUGGGCGCCAGGGGUCGCUCCGCCCCGGGCCGCUUAUAGAGGCUCUGGCCGCGCAGCGGCUCACACCACCCGCACUGCCGCCCCGGGAGGGAGGGGAGGAAGGUUAGGGACGCAGAGAGGGAGAGCUCUAGCUGGAGAGAAACGCGGGGCCAGGGCUCUCGCAGCGGCUGGGGCCGCGGCUGGUGUAGAAAGGCGCGUCAGUGCCCUCCAAAAGCCAGAGCGCAAACCUACGACGAGGUCGCGUCCGGUGGGCGCCACCCGCAGCGCCGAGCCCGGGACGUCCAGAGCGCUGAGAGUAGUCCGCCGCUCCGGCCGGGAGCGAUCCGUCUGGGUAGCCGGGGACCUAGGCGCCGCCAUCCUUGAGAAAGCAGCUGUCUGGAGAGCAGGCAUCCUAGAUCUGUAAGAAACCGGCCGUCCGAGAAGCCGCUGAUUUCAGGCGCCCGGGAACGUUAGGCUGAACAGGAGGGUAAUAGAGGACCACGGGUUUUGAACCGUCGGGAUCCCCCUGGCCCAACCCACGGGGGGGACCUCCGCCUUGACGGCAGGGUUGGGGAACGGCACCGCUGAGGCGGGAGCCCGAAGGGGCGGGGGGGCCGGGCGCAGCCGUCGGGGGGGUCCCGACCCAGGCCAGAGCCCGGCCACCGCCUCCGGGGCCCGCGGAAAGCCCCGGGCCUCCGCCGCCAUUGCGCCCAAGAGUGAGGAGGAUCUGCUGACCCUGGCCGCGUCGCGGCUGAGCCGCCGCAAGCGGGUGGCGGGCGCGGCCGUCGGGGUGGCCAUGGUGCUGCUGCUGCUGGUGGCCAUUCCGCUGCUGGUGCACAGCUCCCGCGGGCCGGCUCACUAUGAGAUGCUGGGUCGCUGCCGCAUGGUAUGCGACCCACACGGGCCGAGAGGCCCUGGACCCGACGGCGCGCCCGCCUCCGUGCCCCCCUUCCCUCCGGGCGCCAAGGGAGAGGUGGGCCGGCGCGGGAAGGCAGGUCUGAGAGGGCCCCCAGGACCUCCAGGUCCCAGAGGGCCUCCAGGAGAGCCGGGCAGGCCGGGUCCACCGGGUCCUCCCGGCCCCGGCCCUGGCGGGGUGGCGCCCCCUGCCGGCUACGUGCCUCGCAUUGCCUUCUACGCGGGUCUGCGGCGGCCACACGAAGGUUAUGAGGUGCUGCGCUUCGACGACGUGGUGACCAACGUGGGGAACGCUUACGAGGCGGCCAGCGGCAAGUUCACCUGCCCCAUGCCAGGUGUCUACUUCUUCGCUUACCAUGUGCUCAUGCGCGGCGGCGACGGCACCAGCAUGUGGGCCGACCUGAUGAAGAAUGGACAGGUCCGGGCCAGCGCCAUUGCUCAGGACGCGGACCAGAACUACGACUACGCCAGCAACAGCGUCAUCCUGCACCUGGACGUGGGCGACGAAGUCUUCAUCAAGCUGGACGGCGGGAAGGUGCACGGCGGUAACACCAACAAGUACAGCACCUUCUCGGGCUUCAUCAUCUACCCAGACUGAGCAGGGCCCCAGCCCCCGCGCCCCCG